CUCGUUCCCCAUCAACGCCGUCGAACGGCGCGCCUCGUGCCGCGGCCUUCUCCCACACGGCCGGCGGUUCGGUCUCGGGGCGACUGGCGGGCGACGUCGACUGCAUUCGGCCGCACUGACGCGGGGCGACGGGGAGUGCGUCGAUGGCCGGCGGCGGCGCGGUGUGCAGAGCGACGGCGAGCGCUGCCGCUGGAGCUUGCUUCGAGGGGACAUCGGCAUGGACCGGCCGGCGAGCGCGGCGUACGGGACGUGGCCCCUCCUCUCCGUACCCAACCAAGGCCUUGUGCCUGACACGGAGGCUGCCGAAGACGGUGUCGGCGGAGAUGCGAUGGGUGGUCCUCCCAGGCGGCGCCUAUGAAGAGGAUGCGGUCGAUAGUUCCGACGACGGUGACGGCUGCACAGGCACCCCCACGGUCACCCUCGGCUCCCGUGCCGGCGGAGGCGGCUACAGGCUACUCAGACGCUGAAGAGGAUGUGGAGGGCGCGCUGCUGCGCCAGCGCCGAUUCGUUCGACGUCGAAGCUUCCCCGAUUGGUAUUGAUCCUCCAAGAGGGGUGCUGCUCUAUGGUCCUCCAGGCACCGGCAAGACCAUGCUUGCUAAAGCUGUGGCACAUCACACUACUGCUGCUUUUAUCAGAGUGGUUGGUUCAGAGUUUGUGCAGAAGUACCUGGGUGAGGGCCCAAGGAUGGUUCGAGAUGUAUUCCGCUUAGCUAAAGAGAAUGCCCCGGCUAUAAUAUUCAUUGAUGAGGUUGAUGCUAUAGCCACUGCUCGAUUCGAUGCUCAGACCGGGGCUGACCGAGAAGUUCAGCGUAUUCUGAUGGAACUACUGAAUCAGAUGGAUGGAUUUGAUCAGACAGUGAAUGUGAAGGUUAUAAUGGCAACCAAUCGGGUAGAUACUCUAGAUCCUGCUCUGCUGCGUCCAGGAAGACUGGACAGGAAAAUUGAGUUCCCUCUGCCGGAUCGGAGGCAGAAGAGGCUUGUUUUCCAAGUUUGUACUGCUAAGAUGAACUUGAGUGAUGAGGUUGAUUUGGAAGAUUAUGUCUCCAGACCUGAUAAAAUCAGUGUUGCUGAUCUCACUGCUAUUUGCCAGGAAGCUGGCAUGCAUGCUGUCCGCAAAAAUCGGUAUGUUAUCCUCCCCAAGGACUUCGAGAAGGGUUACCGAACCAACGUCAAGAAGCCUGAGUCAGACUUUGACUUCUACAAAUGAGGCAACAAACUGUUAAGAGGAUGCUUUAUUUUCUAUGGGCGACAUGAUUAACAGUAUCGAUGAAUUUGUGGAUAGUCGCCUGAUAAAAUAUCCUUGUAUCUCGGUGCUCAUGUAGUUUGCACGUUCAGUUUCACCAUCGUUGUUAAGCUACUUGUCUGUACAAUUCCUUCUUCCUAAAGUUUCUCUUGACUA